AUGCUAUGUGAAAUCCCAAAAUAUGCUAAGAACAUCAAAGAUAUUGUGGCUAACAAAAUAAGGUUGACAGAGUUUGAGAUAGUGGCACUUACUGAAGAGUGCACCUCGAGAAUUCAAAGAAAGUUACCGCAAAAGUUAAAAGAUCCGGGGAGCUUUACCAUACCUGUUCGAAUUGGUGAGGUAGUUAUUGGACGACCAUUUUGUGAUUUGGGGGCUAGCAUAAAUUUGAUUCCCCUUUCAAUUUUCAUUCAAUUGGGGUUGGGAGCCCCAACGCCAACCACAAUCAUGUUGCAGCUUACUAAUAGAACUAUUGUCCAUCCCGAGGGGGUGAUUGAAGAUGUGUUACUACAAAUUAGGCAAUUUAUUCUUCCAGCAUAUUUCAUUAUACUGGACUAUGAAGCAGGUGAACAGGUCCCCAUCAUCUUGGGACGACCACUCUUAGACACCAUUGAUGCUGUCAUAAAAGUUUGUAAAGGAAAAAUAAUUCUCCGGGUUGAUAAUGCGGAAGCAGUUUUUAAUGUGUACAAGGCAAUUUAG